GCCUGCCCGAGACCGCCUGCAGCCCAGCUUCCUGGGUCAGCACUAGCCUGGCCCAGCCCAGCCCUGCUCAGCCCAGCCCUUUCCUACUCGGUCCCUCCAUUCAUGUCUUGACCGCAGCUGGCCCGGGACCGGUCCCCCACUUCCACGACUCGGCCUGGCAGCUGAAGAUGCCGGCGGCUUCCCCAGCUCCAGCUCCCUCUCCAGACUCCCGGUAGAGAAGGGGGUCGGACUCUGCGGGGAGCUGAGCGCAGCUGGACUGGACCGCGCCUGGGCCCCCGGGGGACCCUUCGGGAAGCAGCUUGGGCUGCUGCUUCUGCUUUGGAGGAGGGAGGAGGAGGAGGUGGAGGAGAGGGAGGUCCAGGGUAGCCUGUAGAGGUGUGGAUCCUGGCCUAGCCCGAGCCUUGCCUGGCCCAGAAGAUGCUGUGGCCAUCUGUGCUGGGCCCAGGAAUUGGAGUCUUGCUGCUACUUGGCAUGACAGGUUCAGUGGAGAUAGUGGUCCCCGAUGACCCCGUGGUGGCCCUAGUGGGCUUGGAUGCCACCUUGCCUUGCUCCUUCCUGCCUGGCCCCAACUUCACCCUGGCCCAGCUCAGCCUCAUCUGGCAGCUGACGGACACCAAGCGGCUGGUGCAUAGCUUCAGUCAGGGCCAGGACCAGCUGGCUGACCAGGGCAGUGCCUACACCAACCGGACCGCCCUCUUCUACGACCAGCUGGCCCAAGGCAACGUCUCCCUCCUGCUCCGCCGGGUGCACAUCGCUGACGAGGGCAGCUUCACCUGCUUUGUGCAAAUCCAACAUUACAGCAGCGCUGCUGUCAGCCUGCAGGUGGCUGCGUCCUACUCCAAGCCCAGCAUGACUCUGGAGCCCAGCAAGGACCUGAAGCCAGGAGACACAGUAACCAUCACCUGUUCCAGCUACGGUGGCUACCCAGAGGCUGAGGUGAUCUGGCGGGAUGGUCAGGGGGGCGUCCUGGCUGGCAACGUGACGACCUCCCAUCUGGCUAACUCAGAGGGGCUUUUUGAUGUGCUCAGCGUGCUGAGGGUCACGCUGGGGGCCAAUGGCACUUACAGCUGCCUGGUGAGGAACACGGUGUUACAGGAAGAGGCCUCUGGCUUUGUCAUCAUCACAGGCCAGGUGAUGACGUUCCCACCGGAGGCUCUUUGGGUGACUGUGGGGCUUUCUAUCUGCCUCCUGGGACUGCUGGUGGCCCUCGCCUAUGUGUGCCGGAAGAAAAUAAAGCAGAGCUGUGAGGAAGAGAAUGCUGGGGCUGAGGACCAGGAUGGAGAUGGAGAAGGAUCCAAGACAGCUCUGCAGCCUCUGAAACAUGUGGACAGUACAGAAGAUGAAGGGCAAGAAAUAGCCUGACCUAGGAGGAUGGACGGUGCAUGUGGGGAGGCACGUCAGAACCGAUCCUGAGCUCCUCCAGCUGUGGAUGCCUGCUCCGCCUCUCACACCACAGGAAGCUGGAGGUGGGACCCAGAACCGUCCUCUACCUGUGAGCCUCUGGCCUUACACGUUGUGAACCCGCCACCCUGCUGCCUCGUUUAUCCAGUGGGUACAAUACACAGUCAACCCUGCUGGUGGACAUGAUAAACAGACCAUCUCACUACCUUAUUUCUCCAGUAGAAAUGAUACGUAGACCUCCCCGCUGCCUUAUUUCUCUGGUGGACAUGAUAAUAAUAGCGCCUAUUCCUAUAACUGCUUUAAAGUUUACAAAGUACUUUCCUCCCAACAAGCCUGGGAGGUUGUGCAAAUGUCAUCCCCAUUUUAGAGAGGAGGAGACUGAGGCUCUGAGCUGUCCUCCUGCGCACUCACGUCCAGGGUCACCGCUUGACUGCAUUGUUUCUCCAAGGGGUCCAAUACACUGACUACCUUCUGCCUUGAUUUUUACCUCACCCGCCCUCCAGAUGUGGACAGUGCUCUGGGAGCUUUUUUCUACCCAUAGAGGGGUCUUCACUGUUGCCCUAAGACAUGUACGCACAUGCCACCUGAAUGCACAUAGCACCCAUACACAAUCAUCUGAUCAUGUGUGUGCAUGUGCAUGCAACAUGCAAAUACAACAUACUAAAUGUGCACACACUGUGUGUGCACACAUAUAACACAACACAGCCCCCCUCACUCAUUCGCACCUACAUUUGUGCGUCCAUGGGAAGCAUGCACAUAUAGAGUACAUGUGUAUACGUGUGUUUUUGGAGGCUAAGGAAAUGAGCACACACCACACAUGCACACCAUACGUGCUUAUCCACAUAGAAGCCACCCCCAGAGCCCUCAUGCAAUUAGAGCUCCCUUCUGGAUCUCUUCUGUCCAUUCUCACGGUCUUCCCCAUCUAGGGAGCCGCGUGCUGGUCAUGCUGUUUCUCUAGGAGCACUGGGGCAAGGCAGGGCAGUAACCCUUGGAGCGGGUACAGCCUGAAUGUUGGGGUGAGGAGUGCCCAGGAGACGAAUCAGUACCUCUACCCUGAAAGUUUGGAAUAACUGUUUCCCUUCCCAGGAGGGCAACCUUGGGACUCUGCUACUUCCGCCUUGAGCAAUCCUGUAUACCCCACAACUUUGGGACCCGAUGCCCUGACAUUUUCCUAGACUCUAUACUCAUCCUCUCUACCUGCCCCCACCCUUGCCCUGUUCCCUCCAGGGUGGACACACCCCACACAUUGGGGGCCACUUUUAGGGAUGAUGGUAUGGGUGGGGUAUGGUGCCAACCCAGUCUCUCCCCAGGGCCUUGGGGAACCUACCUGUCAGGAUCCAAGCCCUCUUCCUAAGAUGGCAAUGCCAAUUUUGGGCAGCAGGUGUCAGCCAUGGACCCCGCAUAGGCCUUGAGCAGUUAACUAAAAGCCACGCCUCUGGUACAGAUCUCAGGCAGUGACGUCAGCUGUGGCUGAUUCCAUCUUUCCUGGGAGCUGAAGGUCAGUGCCUUAUGCCCCUCGCCAACCAGAGGAGCCCAGGAAAGUAAAUCUCAGAGAACCAAACCCUUGCAGCUCAGGCAUCUAGAGAGAGUGUGGCGGGUCUGACUCUUUUCUUUGUUUGCCUUAAAUACAAUGGGGUAGAGUGGGGGUGGACGUUACCUCCAAUGGUGCUGGG